UCAUGGUACCGAAGUGUCACAACAAAACGCGGGAAGUUUUAUUUACAUAAAUUUUGUUCGGAAUUUUUACCAUAACAUUUUCAGGAAUUACAAUUUCACGCAUUCAUUAUGAAAUUUCGUGCUUUAAUGGUAGAUGCAGGGCCCAUGCGAGAGUUUGCAAAUAUAGUAACAAUAAUAUCAAAACUAUCAAAAGAAUGCAUUUUACGAGUGGCAGCUGAUACACUGUACUUUAUUGUAAGCGAUGACAAUAGUGGGCCAGCACCACCAGUGCUGUGGUGUGAAAUACCACAGGCCAUGUUCUUCUCAGAGUACCAGAUGGUGGGCUUGGAUGAUGAACACAAGGACAUUUAUUUAGGACUAUCUUCAGGCAAUUUAUCAAGAUCAUUGGUUACAUUGAAAACAGCCAAAUCAUUGAAAAUGAAACUCACUAAGAAACAGUGCCCGUGUCUGACAUUGGAAAUUGAGAUGCCUUCGUCGACGUCACAGCAAACGCGUAACGUCACACACGACAUACCAGUUAUAGUGAUACCGAGGAAGAUGUGGUCAGAGUUCCAUGAGCCGAACACACCGGAUCCAGAUAUUUCAAUAGAAUUGCCCGCAUUAAAACAACUGCGUACUACAAUAGACAGAAUGAGGACUAUGGCGUCAGAAGUCAUUAUAUGGGCAUCGGCAGCUGGUCGACUCACUCUGCAAAUAAAGACCGAUAUGGCCAAAGUGUCCACCAGGUUCAAAGAGUUGAGGGUUGAGGCGUUUGAAGGUCCAAUAGACCAUUCCGACUCUGAAACGGAGAGUCAGGCGAAUGAGGAUAUGUCGAGGAUAUGCUACUGUCGAGUCGACGCCAAGAAACUGUCCAUGUUCCUAAGCGCUGAUCAAGUGACUCACAACAGGACCCUGUGUAGUAUAGUUCACAAAAAACUUGUUAUAUUGUGUUUGCACACAGAGGAGAAUGUGCGAUUGCAGUGUUUUAUAAGUGGCAUUGUUUAUUAAGGACCAACAAUGUUGAUGAUGUGACUCAUAAUUAGGGCUGCCAUCCGUCCGGAUUUCCCCGGAUUUGUCCUAGUAUUAAUGGCGUCGGGGGCCAUGUGGCAGGGGUUUUAAAAAGGGUGAAACCCGGACAGUUUUGUUGUCAGGGGAAAUACAUUUUGUUAAAUAGAUAAGCAAUAAAUUGAAAUCAAUCUUGGUUAAAAAAUCAUUGAUAAUAACCCGCAUGUAUAAAUGAAAAAUUAUAACGAACAUUCUUUAUUUUUGUUACAAACAAAAAUAUGUCAAAGAUGUCCGGGUAAAAUCCAUAUUUCGCCCAAAUGUCCAGGAUUUUUGUCGUGUUUAUCCGGCGUCGGCAAUUUAGAUGAUGGCAGCCUUCAUAAUGGAUGAGGUGUGAUGUUUUAAUGUGUCAAUGGAGAGUUUAUAUUGUCUCUAAGAAAAAGCGAUGAUCACGUGACCGACUAGGGAACGUGAUCAUCGAUCUGUGAUCAAGUAAGGGGUCGUUCAAGUACUACGUAACGCAAUAUUUGUAGAUUUUUGAAAGCCGCCACCCACCCAUGUUACGCGCCGUAACGUUUUUCUGUACGCUAUAACCUCAAAAAGUUAUGUAACUCUAAAGUGACAAUUUUUUUCUUCACAAUUAUGUUACGCAAAACACCGGAAUUUCGCUAAAAUACCUUUGUUAU